CUGUAUAUGAACCAUAUAUUUAAGAAUAUUGUGGACAGAAGUUGAUGGAGUUUGCUUAGAAUGGUUGGGAAAGGAUAUGCAAGAAGCGAAAAAACCUAGAAAGGUGAAGGAACAAUACCUCCAAAACAAAGGAUUGAAAUUGAAAAUGAAGAUCCCAGUGAUUUUAAGCUUAAAACAUCAUUUGAACAUUUCGUCGCAGGCAACGCAAAAGUUCAGUUACGGAGUUGGUCACAUAUUGAAUGACCUAUGUGCAAACUGCUGGUUCAGUUAUGUUUUAAUAUACAUGACUAAGGUAGCUGGACUAUCUGAAUCUAACGCUGGUCUUAUUUUAUUGGUUGGUCAAUUGGCGGACGCUUUGUUUACUUUAGUCAUUGGCUACAGUUCAGAUCAAACAAAAAUUAGCUGGUAUGGCAAGCGAAAGUUCUGGCAUGGAAUUGGAACAUGUUGCGUGUUAUUAAGUUUUCCAUUCGUUUUUAAUUUAUGUUAUGCAUGUAAUGAAAUGUCAGAAGUCUUCAAGCUUUGUUAUUAUUCCUUUUUCGCCAUUAUUUUUCAAUUUGGAUGGGCUGCAACACAGAUAUCGCAUCUUGCAUUGAUUCCAGAAAUUACCAGUAAAGAAGGACAACGAGUGGAACUUAAUUCCAUUAGGUCUGGUUUUACGUUUCUUUCUGGUAUAUUUGUAUAUGGGGUGAUUUGGUUACUACUUGGAAAAACAAGCACGGGUCAAAUUGAUCAAACAGUGUCAAAACAAUUUAUGACUUUAACAGUUGUAAUCUUGGUCGUCGGAAGCACGUUUUCACUGAUAUUUCAUGUUGGUACCACUGAACCGAGGUGUAAUGACUAUACUGUCAAUCAGAAUAAACAAACGAAAGAAACAAUACAACAUGGUAGAACAUGGAACAUGUGGCUACGCGAUGGCAGGCUCUAUAAGACUGGAGUUAUCUACUUAUGUGCGAGACUUUCCAUUAACGUCAGCCAGUCAUUCUCUCCUAUGUAUCUUACAGAUUCUCUACAUCUAGAUAAGACAUCAAUUGCUUACUUUCCUUUGAUUGUAUUGAUGUCUGGAGCAGGUACUUGUUUAUUACUGAACAGACUUACAAGAAGAAUAGGAAUGCAGUUAUCUUACAUGUUUGGUUCGUCCAUGAUUAUCUGUGCAAGUUUGUGGUUAUUCUCAAUCAGUGCACAUAACAAAGAGCAAGUUUUUGGUGCUACCUGGUUGAUUGGCAGUGGUGGAUCAAUUAUUCUGGUGACAUCACUUGCUAAAACGGCUGAACUUAUUGACACUGACAAGAUAUCAAGUGGAUUUGUAUAUUCUGCGAUGAGUUUUACUGACAAGUUGUCCACUGGUGUAGUCAUCUACAUCAUACAAAGUUUAAAACCAAAUGCUACACCUGGGCGCGCAUGUUGUGAAGUGUUUUUAAGUAUCGUGCAAACUUGUGUACCGGGAGCGUCUGCUCUGGUUGGUUUCAUUUCUAUUAUCGUGUUGUUUCCUUCUGAAUUUCAAUGGAUUAACUCUGGUCAAUAAACGAUUUUUGAAUUUAUACCAUGGCAGCAGCAAUACAAGUCUUUCCGUGAUCUUUAAGGACAUCGUAGAUUACCCAUACCAUACGUUAAACAUCAACGAAGUAAAAGUUGUGGAAGAAUAAAUUUUAACAACAGCCUAAAAGCAUCAUUAUCAUCAUUAUCUUCGCUGAAACAGUCAAAAUAAGACUUGAUUACCCUAGGAUUCCGUUACACUCAUUUGGCGGUAAAUCGAUGCCAUAACACCAUAUCACAAAGAUAUGGAAUAAUAUUUGCAGUUAAUGGGUGGAAAAAGAGAGAUUACCUUAUUGAUUGAAGAAUAGUUAGUUGUCUUUGUAUCUUUUAUAGCCUAUAUUUAAAAUUUUAAGAAGGAUUUAGGAUCUUCUUUAACUUUUUCAGCCUGGAAAUCUUUUUAGAUAUGAAAGAACGACUUAUUAUAAAAGUA